UGACACCCAAGGCAAGUUGGCCAAAACUAAUCAUGUGUAAUUGGUUUUAGAUUGCAACAAUGAUUGUUUUGGAUUGGUGACUGGACAGUUGAAUGUCCAAAUACAUCAUGUGACUGUUUUGGGUCUCAACCGUUACCAUGCUUGGAAGCAUGGUUACUAUGGCAAACUUGCCCAUGGUAGCGUGUACAAUACCGUGGGAUUGAUGAGAAUGGUCCACGGUCAUGCUUAAGACCGUGGAACUGGACCACGGUGGUUUUGGCACCGUGGAACUUGAUGAAAUUGAGUAGAUUUGGCUUUAGUUUAGAGCUUAUAAAUCUUAACAACGAUUGUGUGAAAACCAUAUUCGUUAGUUCGUAUCUCUUCAUUAGAAGCCAGACGAGUCUUGAUCACCUCGUGCUGUCUUCAGAAGCCAGGAGAUACUUGACCUUUGACAGAUUAACAGUCUUGGAUUGCUAAUCACUUUGCUCCCGUUUGUUUGGGAAUUGUCUGGUUCUGUGACAGAACGGCAAUAAGACAAUCCGUUGGGUAAGACCUGUGGCAUUGUUGUUGUUUUCGGUCUGCUGACGAGUUGAUCGAAUAAAUUGUUAUCUCGCUUGUCCUUGGUGCACAAGAUACUGUGUUUUCGUCUGGUUUGUCCUUGGUGCACGAGAUAUUGUUGUGUGAAUGACCCGACAGUUGCGUUCAAGAAUCAUUCCUGCUUUGAACAUGGACCCGCUUGAGCAUGUCCUUGUUAACCUUUUGGGUGCCACGUCAUUGGACUCGCCCUAUCAUCGUUUCUUUGCGGAGUACGGAAUUACUCAGGCUAGUGAGUUGACUGCUAUCACUGAGGCGCGCCUUGCAACCAUCUCAUUUGGUGUUGUGGCACCAGUUGCUGGAGAUGGUACAUCCACCACUGUUUGUAUGUUUCUUCUGCCUGCGCAGCAGGAUCGGAUCAUGAAGAUCAUCACUUGGUUCCUUGCUCAAGGACCCAAUGUUACAAAUGCUACCUGGUUUGUGUUGACACCAGCUAUGCUUGAAUACUGGCAACCGGCAUUGGUCCCUGUUGCAUCAGCUGCCCCGGCUACAUCUGUUGUUGCCUCUGUUGCUAGUGUCUAUUCUACUUCUGUGCUCACCUGA